UGAUUUGUUAUUCAUUUGGAAAGAAUUACAAAGAGUCCAAAUCUGGGGGGAGAGAGAAAAGGAGGCAGAAAAGGACAAAGACGUACGGAUCGUUUGAGCAGCAUGGAGACUGUUUUCCUUGUGUUACUCUGUCUUCUGGCAGGUUUAGGGGAGACUGCAGCUCUGUCGGUAACAGGAGUGUUGGGAAUGGCUCUCGAAAUAAAAUGCACACACGCCAACGCAUUCACCAACGUCAAAUAUUUCUGCAAGGGAAAAUGUGGAAGUGAAGACAUCCUGAUAGACAGCAGAAAAAAGAAGGAUGGAAGAUACAGUAUUAGCGAUAAAGGAAACACAUUUUACGUGACUAUCUCUGGCCUGACAGAGAAGGACUCAGGGACGUACUGGUGUGGAAUAGACAGACUUGGUUUGGACACGUACCAUGAAGUCGUCCUCACAGUCAUACAACGUGAGUGGAUUCAGCGCUGCAUGAUUGACUUUUUUGUUCAUCACCAUUUGCAAAACGCAGACCCAUUUCCAGCAAUAUUUCACAACGCUGUCUGUCUCAAACUGGUCUUCUCUUUUUUUUACAACAGUCAGACAUCACGGGGAAGAAAAAAGAAACACCAACACAGCAGAAACACUGUGAGAGAGAGAGAGAAAAAAGGAACUAAAUUAACAUAUAUAUUCUUUCUCGCUCUCCUUCUCCUGUCAGGAAACAAAAGGGGGUCUGAAAAUGACCACAAUGAUUCACCGCAAUCAAUUUUGGAUGGGAAAGUUAAUCCAAAAGGGACAUCCUGGAAGAGGCUGGUGUACAUCGGAGCAGGUCUCGGGGCGGUUCUGCUGGCUCUGAUGAUCGUCAUCGUGGUAUUCUUCAGACAUCGAAGCAGAUACGUCAGCAAAUCUUCUGGAAAAGUCCAAGACACAGUCUAUGCAACGCCACUCUGUCAGAGACAAGAGGCACACCACACCACUACUUCCUCCUCAACUGCCACUGAGGUUCAAGGGACAGGAGGCGGCAAGGAUCAGGGCGCCAGCAUUUACUCCAACAUCAGCGUGUCAUCAGAGUCUCAGACGCAACCAGACGGCCUCGUUUACUCCACUGUUACCUUCAACAGACACUGCGACAGUGUCAAGCCUCGCCCGGCCGUGGUUACAUACUCCACCGUUAAUAACAUAUCAACAGAUGAGUCGACAGUGUAUUGCAAUGUCUGAGCACAGUGCUGAUCAUCUUCACGGUUAAGUGCAGUGACUUCCACUGCUGUAUAAGUUUGUGUGGUUGUUCCUGUUUGGAGGCAAAAUUCACAGGUUAACUUAAUAAUUCUCAAUAUAUUUAUUUUUUUUACAAUCAAGAUAAAAAUCUUACAUGAUGUCCUGGAGAUUUGAACUUUUCAGUGGAAUAAAAUAACAGUGGAAAAAACAAUCA